GACUUUGACAGUUCAAAUUGACAUAACAAAUUGUUGUAAACAAGACGUGUCGGUAAUGUAUUAAUAUUUUCAGGAUAGUUUGAAAAUGUUUAAAUAUGUAAAGCGAAUAUAUUAAUACUUUAUUAGUUAUUUAUCCAAUAUAUAUCGAAAGAUUGUACGUAUUGCUAGCAAAUUUUUAAAUAAAAUGAAUGUAAUGGAACGAAGAAAAAACAAAAAUAAAUCUAGUAUUCCUUCCCAAAUGGAAAACGGUGAUUUGCCCAGUACAUCAACGUGUAGUAACAUCAGAGGCGAUGAAAGAAACAUAUUACUUCUGUUCUUCCUGUAUACUCUACAAGGUAUUCCCCUUGGUUUGUCAUCUGCUAUACCUAUGAUAUUACAAAAUAGGGGAGUUAGUUAUAAACAACAAGCAGAAUUCAGUUUCGUAACCUGGCCCUUUAGCUUGAAACUGUUAUGGGCCCCCAUAGUAGACAGUAUAUUUUCGUCACGAAUAGGUAGAAGAAAAACGUGGAUGAUUCCUUCACAGUAUUUAAUUGGUGGUUUUAUGUUACUUCUUUCUAGUCACGUCAACAAGUGGCUCGGAGAAGACGGAUCUGCCCCGAACAUAGAAGUUUUGACUUUUAUGUUUUUUUCGUUAAACUUUUUAGCAGCUACGCAAGAUAUUGCCGUUGACGGAUGGGCUUUGACGAUGCUGAGAAAAGAGAAUGUUGGACAUGCUUCAACUUGUAACAGCGUAGGACAGACAACUGGUUUUUUUCUGAGUUAUGUUCUCUUUAUGGCGUUGGAAUCUUCCACCUUUUGUAAUCAGUAUUUAAGGACAGUACCCGAGACGGAAGGUAUUGUGACUUUAUCCGGAUUUUUGUAUUUCUGGGGAAUAGUAUUUGUUGUUACUACCACAAUAGUAGCGUUUCUUAAGAGAGAGACGGAUGCAGCGAAUGUAGAUCAUGAACGUGAUUUGACAUCCGCAUAUAAAUCUUUAAAAAGUAUAAUGGGUUUGCCAGCUGUACAAACUUUGGUUGUGAUUUUGUUAACUUGUAAGAUUGGAUUUUCUUCCACUGAUAGUGUUAUGGGAUUAAAAUUAGUUGAAGCUGGCAUUCCAAAAGAACGAUUGGGUCUUAUGGCUUUACCGUUAAUUCCAGUACAGUUGGCUAUGCCGUUAGUAAUAGCCAAAUACACCACAGGUCCCAAACCGCUAAACAUAUUCUUGAAAGCUAUACCUUAUCGAUUAGCUUUUGGCUUUGUAGCAGCUUUUGUAGUAUUUAUAACACCAACUUUAGUACCUGACGCUUCAAAUGGCCUACCAUUUUAUUAUGUAAUAUUAUUGUUUGCGUGUUACGCUCUUCACCAGGUGUGCGUGUAUUGCAUGUUUGUUGCACAAAUGGCAUUUUUUGCCAAAAUCAGUGACAGUUCAGUCGGAGGAACGUAUAUGACGUUAUUGAAUACCCUAACGAAUCUAGGAGGUAAUUGGCCGGCUAUGCUUGCCCUCUAUUGGGUUGAUCCGUUGACGUGGAAACGGUGUGACGGAGGAGCUGAGAGUAUAGACAAUAUAUGUAGGAAUAACGAAGAAAAAGUACUAUGCGAAAAAGUAGGAGGCAAAUGCGUGACAGUACUUGACGGUUUCUAUAUAGAAACGCUUAUCUGUGUUGCAAUAGGAUUUUUAUGGUAUUUAUGGGGAGCAAAGAAAGUACGAUAUCUGCAGCAGUUAGGUGACAACGCUUGGAAGCUCAAGAAUAAAAAAUCCCAAAAGAGCUAGCUUCUUUGGAAAACUGAUAAGACUUUUCACGUUUGUAAAUACGAUUUUUGUAUUCCAAUUGAAUAAACCGAGAACUGGAAGAUAAGACACAAAUAAUUUCUAUUUUUAUAUGAUAGAUUUUCAGUUUAUGUUUUGUUUAAAUUAUUUUCUUUUUGUUAGUGAAUGUUUACAAAGUGAACACUAUCGAAUUUAAGUUAAAUUAAAUUUUGAUGUAUGAU